GCUGGCCCUCUCCAUCCUUCUCUCUCUCUCUCCCUCCCUCCCUUCCUCUCUCUGUGUGUGUUUUUGUAUGUGGCGAGCAUUCCCCUGCCUAGAGCCAAGAGCUGGAAUCGUGUCGACAUGGCCGAGAACGCGGGAACGCUCGAGCUUUGAAUGUUGGUAGAAGAAUAUCACGUUUCUGUCCGGGUAGCGUGGGCAGAUAUCUUACCGCUCCCAUCUUUCAAGAGACGCCGCCAGACGUCCUUUUCCAUCCUGUCUGUCGUCUUAAAGCAUCCCCCCUCCCCCCCUUUAUCUGCCCCCGGAAACAUCCACUCGUAAGGCCGCAAGGUGAGACACACACACACAUAGCACAUAGCAAGGUUUCACUUUCCGCUGGCAGAAAGUAAGAAUUUCGUUUUCUUUUCUUUUCCUUUACCCUUUUCAGCCCCUACAAGGCAGUAGAGAGACAGGCGUGUGUGUGUCCAACUAGUCAUGGCGGCCGUCUAUGACGCCGAUGACGACGCCGCAGCCUUCACCUCGUCCGGGAACGGCAAUGCUUCAAAGGCUAUUCUCCCCACAGGGUCCAUGGACGACGACGAGCUGCUCUCGAGGGUCUUGCCGCGGGGAGACACGGCGGCCAUCCAAGUGGCGCGUAUGGCCAUUGCACAGGAGUCGCAGUCCGAGUCCGACGACAGCGAUGUAGAAUACGCUCGACCCCACACCCGGCAGUCUCUUUCAGAGUCCAGCCUGUUGAUGGGCCAGGGCGGCGGCGCCGUCGCAGCUGCUGCUGACCGCUUUGAUGGUUUCCUCGAUACGGCCUUAGAGAGGCACGAAAGGCAUGGAAGGCAUGAAAGGCAUGAAAGGGCAGCCCCCCGUUCCGCACGAGAGAGCGUCGAGCUUAGUCGCCCUUCCCGCUCAUUGUCUCGGGUCGACAUGGUCCCCCAGGACUACUCCAAUUCCCCUCGCCCUUACACCACCAGCAGGAAUGACGACAGGGAGGGCGUGGCCGUUCCCGCUCGCCGUUCCUCCCGUCCCGAUCCAGCCAUCGACAGCCCCGAUCGAACAGCAGCCAGGAGAAGGGGAAGCUCACGCCGCGACUAUAACACGCCACAACGCCCGCCGCGUGCCGACGAGAUCGAGGCCGCCAGACGGUUGCUGGCGCAGGUUUCCGAGGCCGAAGAACACUCGUACAGAGACGACGACAAAGGGGCAGAAGAUUAUCCCCCGAGGGUGCCUCGCUCCGCAACACCUCCGCCCAUAGGAGGCCGACGCCGCAGGCUCAUCCUUGUCGAUUCGGACGAGGACGAGGACAACCGGGACGCCCACGGUGACGAGGACGACGAGGACGAGGAAGACGACGGCGUCACCGACCAGGAAUACCACGGGUACCUCCACGAGCCCAGUCGCAGCAGCAGGAGGAGGAGGAGGAGGAGUGAGAACAGAGACAUAGUAGCGACGCCCAUCACCGUCAUCCACAACCCCAUCCAAGAAGACACGUCCGAGCCGCAUCAUCGGUACACGCCCGACCGUUCCGUCACGCCGAGGACGUCGUCCAGGCAGUCGUCGCAACCGCCGACACGAUCGCGUGCGGCCGACGCCCUCGCCUCGCACAAGAAGGGGCUCCGGACGCCGGUUCUGGAUCAUAACCGUCUGUAUCACGAUGCUGAGCCGCCGCCGAUCAGCCAACGACGACGACCACGCAACAACAGCAACGGCAGCACGAGCAACAAACUACGCGCCCGCAGGACGACGACGACAGCAGCAGCAGUGGCACCGGCAACAAUAGCAACAACAGCGUAUUACAGAGAGCGCCCAGGCAUGGAGGAGGAGGUGAUCCACGACUACAGCGUGAAGAAUGGGCUGGGCGGCGGCGGCGGUGGCGGCGGGCCGCCGGCGAUGCUGACGCCGGACUACAGGCCGGCGACGGCCGACGGGAGGAAGACGGCGAUGAGCGACGACUCCUUUUCCAUCUCGAGGCAGUCGACGUCGAAGCAAAGCGUCACGAGCAACGGGUCGUCGAGCCGCGGCGUCGACUUCUUCGGGCCGGGCAUCUUCCAGGUCGUCCUGCACAACCCGACGACGGUGCACCAGCUGCUCAAGUUCGCCGAGGCCCGCUUCUGCAGCGAGAGCGUCGAGUUUCUGAAGAAGGUCGAACAGUAUCAGACUGUCCUGAACGACCUCGCCGGCAUCAUGACGAGCAUUCACAAGGACUUCCUCGCCGAGGACUCGACCAAGCAGAUCAACGUCAACGGCGAGCUGCGCAAGUCGGUCCAUGCCGAGAUGAAGUCCCUCGUCACCAAGACGCUCCCGUCCAUGGAGACGCUCUUCUCGGAGCUGCAGGAGAGCGUCGAGCAGGACGUCUUCCUCGACAUCUACCCUCGCUUCGUCCGCUCUCAGAUGGCCCUGAGCGCGACCAGGGCCUUGUCGUCGAACCGCCACACCUACCAGGGGCUCGGCGACUGCUUCUGCCUGACGAAUCCCGGCCUGGCCGACAACCCGAUCGUAUUCGCCUCGGAUGGCUUCGUCAAGGUCACCGGCUACACGCGCUCCGAGAUCAUCCCGCGAAACUGCAGAUUCCUCCAGGGGCAACACACCGACCGGGUCCCCGUCCGCAGGCUCAAGACGGCCAUCAACGAACGUAAGGAAUCGGUUGAGUUGAUUCUGAACUACAAGAAGAACGGCGACCCGUUCUGGAACCUGCUUUACGUUGCCCCUUUGUACAACGAAGCGGGGAAGCUGGCCUUCUUCAUCGGCGGCCAGGUCAACUGCUCCACGACCAUCCACAGCAACGCCGAUGUCAUGAGGGUCCUGUCCGUGUCCAACAACGACGAUGUCCAGGACAAAGUCAAGGACAGCAAAGUCAAGGCGCCGCUGCCACUCCACCGAGCCUCGUCUGCGCCGUCGGCGCGCAAGGCCUUCCUGAAGGCCCUCGGUGUCAAGGUGGACGACGCCCACGCACUCACCACGUCGUCGGUCAUCGACCCGGGCAUGGAGAGCAAGCUGCUCCACCAGCUCGAGGGGAGAGACCUGAACACGCAGAUGAAGGAAUUUUACACUGCGUACUCCAAGUACCUCGUCGUCAGCUACGACGCCUUCAUCAUCCGCUUCUACUCCGAGGGCGUCCUGGACAUGCUCCACCCGGCCAACAACACCGUCGGCCUCGUGGCCGGGCAGGACGUCUUCCGCUUCCUCAAGCAGAACAUGGUGAACCACCAGUCCGACUACAAGUCGCGCGUACGCAACGCCCUCCGCGCCGGCGGCCCCGUCAGCGUCGACGUGCGCCUGCAGACCCGCCGCAGCGCCCUGUUCCGCGGCGACGAGCGGUUCGUGACGCACUGGACGCCCCUGAAGGACGAGAAGUCGGCGGUGCGCUGGGUCGUCGUCACCAUGUCGCCCGCCAUCUCGUGAUCGAGUUCGUUGAUGAUGAGGGGCAGGCAGUGUUGUACAAUAAAGACGAGAGAUGUAAAAGAGAAGGGGGAAAAGGGGGCGGGACAGGCGGGAGUUUGAUAAAUGAUGAAUUUUCUGCGAACCAAGUCAAAAGCAAUACAAGAAUACCC